AUGGAAUCGAUGACAGGCUGCGAGAUACGGCGCCAUUUCGAGUACCUGUCAACUGGCGGUCGAAAUGUAAAGAAGCUAACCAUUAUUAACUACGAUGCUAAUCGGGGUACCUUCAAAGCAAUCCAGACAAGGAAUGCUCGUGAAGCAACCAUGGGAAUACACCGUAGCGAUGGCCAUUACUUUUUCGUAGAAGAAGCAGUAUGGAUGGUUGAGGCCGGCCUGGCCUCUGUGCUCCAUCGUGGACGGCAGCUUUCGGUGCAACAGUGCUACGGGUUACUGGAAAAAUUUUGCAUCACUCCUGCCAGGUACUUCGUUUAUUCGUAUUUGAAGCGUGCCGGCUACGUUAUAUUACCUCAUAAUUCUCUCGAAACAUCUGCCAGCAUCAACAGCCGCAGCAGCGGUAGCGGUGAAGAAUCUGUUAAUUCUCGUGAACCUCAUUUCCCUUCGGCGCUUCUGGAUCAAUUCCCGUCAUUGAAAGGCUCAAAUUUAACAAUCACAUGUCUUCACAAACACCCGAAGGUAAUGGAAGUUUUCCAAGUAUCAGAGAAAUUAUCUGAAAUCACUGGGAAAUCUUUCAAACUGGAUGAAAACGAGGAAAUUCGUAAUGACCCGCGAGAAAUACUCAGACCUCGUUAUUGGCCGAAGUUUGAUAAGUUUGCAAGGCGCGUUACCAGCUGGUCCGACUACCGCAGUGAAAGGGCAAGAAUUCUGAGACGCGACUCACCUGAGAAGCACCAUCCGGAAACAGCGAAACUGCCGCUGGACUAUGAUGUCUACGCCGCGGAUGGUUCUUUUUGUCGCAGUCGGGCUCCUUCGCCCAUAUAUCGGUUGUUAGUUGUUGGCGACGUGAAUGCCCCGUUCCCCUCAGUUGCGAGUUUGCAUUGGUUGAGUUCUCAGAUCACUAAAGGGAAAUUGCUGAUUGCUGUCACAUAUCAUACUUCUAUUAUUUUUUACAACAUUGAUCACCAGGUGGUUAGUGUGUGA